AUGUCCCACCCUACCGCUGCUCCUCUCCCCACUCCUCCCGCUGCGCCUUCUCCUGGCGACCAUUCUGCACGCUUCCUAGAGCACAUGUUCCUCCUCAAGAUGCAGCAGACGAUGGCUCAGCGUGCGCUGAGGUCGUCGUCGUCGGGAUUGCCCUUGUUCGCGACGGAGCAGCCUCACAGCUAUGUGGACGGCAGCGUCCUACCUCGCAUCCAGCGACAUAUCAAGCACGGCUUCGAGAAUCUCGAGUCGAUGGUCCAGCAGACAAACCUCAGGCUCGACGCCCUCUUCUCGCUCAUCGAAGACAGCUGCAUGCCUCCCCUCGUCUCGAUGCCGUCGAACAUGACCGGGACGGCGCACGAGACUGCGGAUGACGACUUGCCUGAGAUGCCGCCGCUCGUCGACCACGAAGGUCGCCUGUACUACCUCGACGGACGCGUCGAAACGUCGGCUGCUCCUGCCGUCGUCGUCGCUGAGCUUGCCACGACUUCGAAGGACGUUCUCCAGUGGUCGGCGCCUCUUCCUACGUGCGGCAACGUCGGAUGCAUCGCGGUGGAGCACUCGUCGGUCCUUCAGCACGCCGUCGAGCAGCCUCACGAGCCAGCUACGGCUCAGUCGAACGCGGACGAAGACAAGAUGGACGAUGAGGUUUCGGACGCCCAGAUGGACGACGAGGUUUCGGACGCCGAGACGGAAGGCACGCUUCCUGCUGGCUCCGGCGAAGAUGCGGACACCGAGACUUUCGACGAGCCCACGCCUUCGUCGCUCAAGGCUUCCGGUUGGGCAGACGACGAGUGGGAGCCCACCAACGUCGAGACGGAGCGCUUCGUUUACCCCGGAACGUCGAGGCGCCUCUCGGACCGCUCCCGCAAGUCGUCGCCGCACAACUUUUACAGUGGUUUCCGCAAGCCCGAUCAGCGCUCUCUCGCCGGCGACGACGCCUGCGAGGACGGCCAGGGCGAAGAAGACCCCGAGAUCCGUAUCAACCGCAUCCAGAUCGCGCUCCUCGAGGCGAAGCUCAAGCUCGCCAAGAAGGAGCUCGAGAUCGCGCAGAGGAGGGAGGCUGAAGGAGGCGAGUCGUCGAUGGACGAAGCCGAGGACUGA